AUACAGUAUCUAGAUCUUCAAGUCUAGUACAGUACAGUCUUCUAUCUACUUUCACUUCAGAUUGUCAACUGAAAAGAGAUUUGGAGUCAACCAAGAAAGUCCUACGUGUAUUCUCCCAUGAUCAAGUGGCUAUAAGUCCAAACGUGAAAAAAGCACAGUGACAGUGGGAUUCAUGACAAGUUUACAGUGAUAUCAUCCAUACUAGUCUUGCCUUCCAAGUAAUUGAUGAAAACACAAUAACAUAACAAUGCCAAACACAUCACAAGACGUGAAUGUACUUGAAUUCAAGUCUCUCACUGUUGGGGAGACUCUGGGCAGAGGAGCAUUUGGCACUGUGUUCAAAGCUAAGCACAAGCACUUGGGGGUUGUGGCAGUCAAACUUGUUUAUUCCAGGAGUGACCUGGAUGGAAGAAAUGAGCUGGUUCUGAGACAGGAGGUAACCAUGAUGAACCAACUGAACUGUGACCAUGUUGUUCGACUUCUGGGGAUCGUCCUGGAACCAGGAAACUACUGCCUUGUGGUUCAGUACAUGAGGUACGGUGGGCUGGCUGACUUCCUGACCAAAAUGGACAUCCCAUGGCCCUUGAGGUUCCGGAUGUCCUUCCAGAUUAUCCAAGGGAUGAACUACUUACACCACAUGACACCCCCUGUCAUUCACAGGGACCUGAAGGCAGACAACGUACUGGUUGAUGAUGCAAUUAAUGUCAAGAUUGCAGACCUGGGACUGUCUACAUGGAAGACCUGGAGAAGCCUGUCCAAGCUGGAAAGUAGACAGAGGGGUGAACAACCACAACACGAGAGACAGCGUAUCGGCACCAUUUCUCAUGUGGCUCCUGAAUGUUUGCAAGAUCCCAACCGCAAGCAAAAUGAGAAGAGUGAUGUCUACAGCUUUGGGAUUGUUCUGUGGGAGAUUCUGUCAAGACAGCGGGUCUUUGGAAAUGCACUGAACUCUACGACCCUAGCCUUCGGUAUUGUAUCAGGGAAGCGUCCAGACCUCCAGCUCAUUCCACCUGGUAGUCCAAGUGAGUUGGUUGAACUGAUGAAAAAGUGUUGGGACCAGGAGCCAGACCGUAGACCAGACUUUACAGGAUGCAAGCAGGCUAUUGAACCUGUUUAUGACACAAGCUAUGAGCCUGAUGUGGACAGUGCUGUCAUCUGGACCAAGCAAGAACUUCAAAAGAUGGACAAACUUGUUCAUCAUCCUGGAAGGGGGGUUUAUGCUCAGGAUUCGGCACAACAGGACCCUCUACCAUCCAUGGAGACUACAGUGGACCAGCCCCCACCAACUGAGCCAGAUGCACAAGAUGGAGAGCCUCCUACCAUCUCCCAGACUGUAGAGGCUGAGGGGCAGGGGCAGCUGAACGAGGCUGUGGCAGACUUGAGUCUGGCCCACAGCCCCUCUGAAUCUGACUCAUCUCUAACGGUUGAUGCAGAACUUGGAACUCCCUCACCUCCCCCAACUGAUGAGAAGAAGUCUUUCCCAGCUGGUGACAGAAAAGAGAGGCCUGCUACAGGUGCAACAGGUGCUACACCUGUCAGGGCCACAGAUCAGCAUGACAUCAGGUUCAAUCUGCAGGAGUCUUCUAAAUACGCCAAUAAGGGAGAGGCCCAGGACUGUAAGGGGGCCAGUGCACAGGAAGAAGGGCCCCAGCAUCCCCUGUUGACUAGCAGAGGAAAGGGUGCAAAACCUAUAACAGAACACGUACAGUUCACCAGUCCUGUGGAGUCAUCAGAGAAGAACACCUCCAUUCCAACUGCACAGCAGUAUGCAAUGCCCCCUAGGCCACAAGCUGGACCUUUCUACGCUACUGCAAGUGGACCACCUGGUCAUGGUCAGUACCAGCCUGCCUACCUGCCGGCCCCAGGUGGGUACUGGUACACACCUGCACCUGGUAUGCAGCCAACGUUCAUCCCACAAGGGUUUCCUAUGCCCUCAUGGCCACAACAGGGAGGUGGACAGGGACAGAAUGCCCCCAUUUUCUAUCAGAAACAAAGCUCUGACGGCAGCACCACAGUGACAAUGACCAUGAGUAAUGUAGAAGGGGUGCAGAUUGGUGACAAGAACGUGAUGUAUGUGGGUGGAGCCCAGGGUCCACGAUCAGGAGGUAGGCAUCACCCGGUCCGCCAGGGCAACAUUACAUACAGGGGCAAGAUCACAGAGUCUACUAGGAAAGUAGAAACCAGAGACAUCCAAGCAGUGCAGGAAGGAAUUGGAAAGCAUUGGAAGGUACUGGCAAGGAAACUUGGUUUCCUGGAAGGCAAAAUUGAUAGUUUUGACCAUGACUUUGACAGAGAUGGACUUGAUGAAAAGGUGUACCAGAUGCUGAGGAAGUGGAGUAUGGAGUGGGGGAAAGAUGCCACAGUGAAGGCAUUGGCUGAUGCCUUAUGUUCCAUUGGGAAAGCUGAUGUGGCAGCUCUGCUGAAAGACUAAGCAUUUCACUGUUCAUUAAUGAAUUCAUGCUAAAUUCUGUGACAAAUGGGUAUAUGGUUGGUGGAAGGCUUAAGAACAGACUAAUGAAGGAGCAGAUAGAUACAAAGAAAGGAGCAUUGAUUUUUUUAUUAUGUAAGUAAUGACCAAAGAAUUUGUCAAAGGGAAAAUGUGUACAUGAGUGUGUUUUAUGAUAAUGUUACAAAUUUCUGGUACUUGCAAGAUAUUGUAUUUUCUACAUCACAAAAAUUUUAUCAAUGAUAAUACAUGUAACAGUGCAUAUGCUGCUGUUGUAAAUCCUUCUCUGAGUUUGCAAAAUCAGACAGGAUUUGAUGGAUUCCUACAGCAGCAAAUUACAAUAAUUUCUGGGCUCUUGCUGCCAUUUUGUCCCCAGCAUAUGGCGUCCUGAAAUUCAAUACUUAAGACAGAAAUAAAACUUUAGACCAGUAAUACUUUGUUAAAGCACUCUACAUUGUCAGGUCAGUGAUAGUUUGUGAUUAUGUCUGUAUGUUGGUGUUUCUUCUUUCUCAGAAUGAAGAUAAUUCAAUAAGACUGUUUGACACUUUUACUGAUAUUCUAUGUUAAGAUGUUAAGUGUUAGUGGUGGUAGUGUUUAGUUGCAACAUUUUUCAGAUUUCUGAAAAAAAAAGUAUUUUUAAAAUGAAACUUGACUGUCAGCUAAGGCAAAGUACUGCCUGUUGUCAUGAAAAUUAUGUUUGAAAUGCAGACUUAUACUGCCCAAGAUGUGGUUAGAAUAGCCUUAUAGUCAGCUCUGUAGUCAUGUCAGGGGUGAAUC